UGGAGCCAGCCAACUCUCUGGGAGCGCAGGGACGGCUGGGGGUCGACGGGGACGACGAGCGCAGCGGCGGUCACGACCCCGGGACACUGCGUGCGGGCGGGUGGCACUCGCGGGCGUCCGCUCCCUCGCCUCCCCCGCCGAGCUCCGGGAUGGUCUGCGCCAGCAGCGCGGGAGGCUUGAAGUGCCGGGCGAGGCGCGCGCUGCUCAGAUCGCCGCCCGUCCGCGCCGCGCUAUGGACGCCCAGCGGGCGGAGGUCCGCGCCUUGGAGGCUGAGAUCGCGGCCCUGCGGCGGGCGUGCGAGGAACCGCGCGCGGCGGGGGAAUACGGCUGGCGAGCGCGAAAGACUGCGCUUUAUUUUUUUGGCUGCUUCUACUCUGGAUCCUGUGAUGGAAAAUCACUUCGAGAAAUGUAUCAAUCAGAUUCUGAAGGAUGGGCCUCUUCAAAAGAUCUGAGAAGCCAUCUUGGACAUUUAGAAUCGGAACUUCUUUUUCUAAGCACACUUACUGGCAUCAGUAUAAGAAAUUACUCCAUGAAGACAGAGGACCUAACAAACACUGAGAAGACAGAAAAGAGUAUGAAGAAAGUUCUACAGAGACACAGAUUAUCAGGAAAUUGCCACAUGAUUACAUUUCAACUUGAGUUUCAGAUUCUGGAAAUCCAGGAUAAGGAGAAUUUAUCUUCUGUUAUUACUGACCUCAACAUAAUAAUGGAGCCUACUGAAUAUUCAGAAUUAAGUGAAUUUGUGUCUAGACUCUUCUGUUCUUACAGAGCAGAAGAAAGAAGAGAUCUGUUGAUGUUUUUCCGCAGCCUACACUUUUUUGUGGAGUGGUGUGAAUAUCGUAAGCGCACAUUUGAACACUUCAAGGAGAAGUACCCAGAAGCUGUGCACCUACCCGAGGGGGCUGCCUCCAGCUGCAUGGUGGUCCAGAGCGCCCGCCAGCGAGGGUUCGAGCUGGUCAUCGUUUGGAGGGUGCAGAUCGAUGAAGAGGGGAAGGUGUUGCCGAAGCUGGACCUGCUCCCCAAAGCACCACAGCGAGCCCUGCAGCUGGACCGGAACCGAGUCUUGGAGACCGCACCGCUCGGCUUCCGAGCCCUGCUGGGCACACUGGGCAUUGAAGCCGCCCUCGAGAGCCUGAUAAAGUCGCUCUGCACAGCGGACUACGACAAGUUCCCGGCAAACAUGCAGGCGUGUGAUCUUCCGCAUAAACAGCUGCUGUCUUCCGCAGACAGACGCCACCUUUAGGACGUGUUGUCUGUGCAGUUUCAACACAUUAUAUAAACUGGCAGGACAUGGAAAAAUAAACGCAGCUAUUUGAAUACAAAAUGCCA